GGCAGCACACCUGACCUAAGGCUCGGCUCUGCACAGGUACAAUUUUUACUAGUUUUAAUGAGUUUCAGCAUGUUGAAUGCGUCCCAGUCGGAGUCUAACAUGACUGCAGUGACUGAGAGUCAGAAUCUAUUACGGGUAGUUCUGAUUUCCACCCUGUCUACGGUCCCGUCCGUCAUUUUUCUCUACAUUAAUGGCACCAUCCUGUUCACUCUGAGGAGCAAAGCUGUGUUCCGGGACACGUGUCGCUACGUUCUUCUGUACAACCUCCUUCUGGCAGACACUGUCCAGCUGGCGCAGAGUCAGGUGCAGUUCCUGCUGUCUGUCUGCAGAGUAAAACUGGCGUAUUCGCUGUGCACCGUUCUCAGUAUGCUAGCCAAUCUCACGACUGGGAUUUCUCCCCUAACCCUGGUGGUGAUGCCUUUAGAGAGAUACGUGGCUGUGUGCUUCCCACUGAGGCACUCUGCCAUCAUCACCAUCAGAAACACAACUGUGGCGGUCGUUGCAAUCUGGGCUGUCAGUUCAUUGAACAACCUCACUCGUGUUCUGUUGUUUGUGGACUUCACUUUAGACAGAAUGGAGAUCUGGCACAUGAAGGACCUUUGUUCUAACCUGGCGUUGGUGCUUGACUUUGAACAUGGCUGA